AUGUUCCGCCGCCAGGAAGACACGCUGGAGCCAGAUCCGUCCUUCGCAGCCGACCUCAAGAAACUUGGCUUUUUCAUCAACAGUGUCGGUCAAGUACGAAUGAUUGAGGCGCCAGAGAAGCCGUAUCUAUUCCACUCCACCAAUAACGAGCGCGUCAAUGAAGUCCUACGCGAGGCAAUGCAAACAUGCCUGCGCGAAGAAUCAGAGAAGCGCCUGUCCGCUCUUGGGAUCAGUCGCAUCUAUCUUCCAGAAUUCAGUGCCACCAAACCCAACGGACCGCAUGUCCCCAUCCUUGCUCCUCCGCCUGAGAUCUUGAGAAGGCGCAAGCGCGUCGUUGUGCUCGUCAACGACGCUCUUCAGGACUUGGGAAUUUUAGCUUAUGGACGGCUGCAGCAUGAACUUGGUGUGAAUGGCGGGUCUGUUGUGAACUUCGUGAAGGAAAUGCUCAAACGUUCAGUCGACGAAAUCAGUACCGAAAAGUACGAGAGCGUAUUUGACGACGGCCACGGAUACAAGGAUAAUGAGGACAUUCCCGCCUUGGUGAUCAUGAAUACAGGACAGCUGCUAUACUCCCACAAGCACAACAAGACUAUGACGAUGCGUAGCUGGUCCGCAAUGCCACGCAAGUCUGUGGUACACGACAUGGUUCGAAUUCACGAGGAAGAGAAUCGUGUCAAGGGUCAUCGGAACCCGAAGGAGCAUAUCAAGAGCGUCUUCGACGAGGUCUUGUAUAAUGCUGAUCGUGUUGCGUCUGAUGCGGAAAUAUACAUUAUCGCGAUCGAAGAUGGCACGGACAACGUUUUGAAUGUGCUUGCCGAGGAUUUCGACAAGUACGGCUCCCGCAUCACCGCAAUGGCACUCAUCCAUUCCCUCAUCGACGACUCGCAAAUCAAGGACCCACGCCUUCGGGCCUUCCUCCACCAGCGCACCCGCCAAUGGAAGUACAGUGACCUUACGUUUGAUCCAUUACACUGUACCAGUUUGCCGGAUGACUACGAAGAAGACCUGGAGCACAAAGCAUCCCGAGAUGGUUCGUCGACUGCGAAGCCUACCAUACAUAUCUCCUGGAGCGAAGACCUUCCAGAGCCCGGACACUUGUCAAGCAUCACAAAGGCGCUGCAUCGUCUCGCAGUCACCGUUACCACAUCGAAGAAAGAAAUCCCUACCCCGGUAGCAUCAGAUAGCGACAUGGAAUGGUCGUCGGGUCAGUCUGCCAUCUGUCCAACCUUCGCGGGUGGAAAUAACUACGUCGGAGAAUGUAUCUUCACCAACCCAGCUGUGCAGCGCACUAUCUUGUCAUUCUUUGAGGACGUUGCUCAAGAUCCGGGGCACUACCGCAAUGCCGACAUCAAGAUCUACACUGAAGCUCCUCAGCCCACGCCCGAGAAUCCGCUUGUGCUGUCCGCCGAUGACUCCACCGCUCUCGACUCCCCAUCUCUUCCGGCAGAGAUGACACUCGAGCAGGCCGAGCUCGAUGACGCGCGGCAAAACCUCAUUGAUAUGCGCAUUGCUCUCGACGCGUGCCCCUUGAACGUCCAAGAACUUGAGAAAGGGCGCGAGAGGUUGAUGAAGAAGAUCCAGGACAAGGAGUUUGAGAUCGAGGCUCUAGAGAAGAAAGCCCUUGCGAGCGGUGGCUUGAAGGCGGGCGAGGCCAUGGAAAAGCGGGAGAACUGGAAGCCGCAGAAGGAAGGCCCGAAGGUCGCGUUUGCAGGGACAAUGGUAGAUAGCGAGUUACUCAAGGCUGCGGGUAUGUUCGAUACGGCGAAGCUGGAGUUGGAGAAGAUUGAUGAAGGUGACGAUCAGAAGGCGUUCAUUUGAGGGCUCGGGUGUGUAAAUCAAGGUCACUUUCCGCGGUCAUCACUUAUGAUCGUACGCAGGCGGGUUUACAAGGCGCUCAUGGGACAAAAUGAUUAGGACACUCUACCUCAUUAUGGCUUUUCGGUCUUGCAUCUGUAGGACUAAUCUAAGGAUCAAGCU